AUGUGGAAGAUGAUCGAGGAAGACGUUUGCACAAGGUACAACCCUGGGCAAGGCCGGCUACGAUUGAUCGUCAUAACGGACGGCUACGACACCCACUCUCCAGGUGAUUACUGUGGCAUCAGGGGUAUGGAUCCCUUGAUGAAGGAGCUACAGAAGCAAGGGUUCGACGUGGAGUGGCACAUUGUCAUCCUGGGCCGUGGCUUCCAAGCCGAGGAGCGCAGAAGCUACGAGGACGGUGGGGCAAGCAGCGAAGCCUCUCACCGUUUCCUGGAAGCUCUCAGGGAAGGCUCCGGCUCGCGGCAGGCACGGCAGCAAGCAUACCUAGCAGACACGGCUGCCGGGCGCAUGCAGAAGGUGGAGUGGUUCAAAGCUUUGCCUCCAGCCGCAAAAAGGUUCGAGAAGUGGCUUUUGCCAAAUGCCAAUGGCGCUUCUUGCCCAGGCGUGGAGUUGCUGAACAAAUUCAAACAGCAUCCGGGCUGGUUUGUCUUGGUUGCAAGACCAAAGCGAAGCAUUAUGGACAUUGCUCCUUUGUUGGCGGCCAAGAUGCGCUUCGCGGAUUUGCCUUUAGCUGCUGAAGGCAAGCAGGCCAUGCAGGAGGCACUCGCGCAUGGAGGGUUUGGACUGGUCGCAGACACCUUCGAGACAGAGAUCCAGCAAAAGAGCUUCGAAGCCAUCCGUGCCGGUGCGGAGGUUGUGGCACGGGCAAAGACAGGCGAAGUGGAGAUGGUGGCUGCAGAAGCGGAGAAGCUGACAAAGUACUACACCACCUGCAGGGAUGUAUUGGUCCGAGAGGUUCUUGAUGUUGUCGCAGAUUUGCGAUCGCGACUACUUGAGUAUUGCCUGGAUCCUGAGAAUCAGUUAGCCAGCCGAUUUGCGGCAUCCAUUGGCGCCUUGGACGAGGUGGUUGACAUCCAAGAUCCUUGCGUGUACAUCGCUCCGGCCACGGUCACGGAGUACUGGUAUUCUUUUGGUCCUCCAUCGACAGCGGUUCCUGGCAGCCACACUUUUCCGUACCAUGAUCCCAUGCGCGGAGCGAGGUGGAAGGGCUUCCAAGAUGAUGCCUUGGACUAUGCAAUCCAGAGCCAUGAGGACUACAGUGCUAAGAUGCCACUGAUGCAAUUGCGACACGAGGCUUUCAUGCGUGAGUUCCGGCACCUCUUUCGCUAUCCUGGGGGAGCCAGCCCCGGCUCUGCUUCAUGGAGCAAGGAGCGGCCUCCGCCGGUUCGGCGCAUCGCGGAGCCGGAGCCAGAGCGUGCUGAGCAGAUCGCAGUCCAGAUGUGA